AACGACGCGGUGGGUGAGUGUUGAGCGCAUAUAAGAAACCAAGAGUCCGCUGUCCAGCGACUUUAUUGAUACUGUAGCUUCAACCUCUUCUGCCGCUGAUUGAUCGCGACUCUCCGGCUAGGCUUCACUAGGCCGCUGCUAUACGAAGAAUCCAGGCGGUGGGGCUUAUCGAGAGGUGGAAAGACGCCAUGAGGGCCUCAGUCGUGCUGUCGGCUCUCGUGGGCUGUGCGCUGGCCGACGAUGUGCUCUACAGCAGGCGGCUGCUCAAGCGAGGCAUUGACGAUGAAGGGCACUAUAAUAUGUCCUUCUUCCACGUCAACGACGUCCACGCUCAUCUUGACCAGUACGUCAAGGCCGGCACAGACUGCGUCGAUCCCGCAAAGGGCUGCUUCGGCGGCUAUGCCCGCAUCAAGACAAAGGUCACCGAGCUGCGCGCCCAGUAUCCGGACCAUCUGUGGUUGAACGCCGGCGAUGAGUUCCAGGGCACUCUCUUCUACUCCUUCUACGGUGGAGAGAAGAUUGCCGAGACGAUGAACGACCUCCAGUUCAACGCCAUGACGCUGGGCAACCAUGAGUGGGAUGGCGGCGACGAGAAGCUGGGCGCCUUUUUGAAGAACUUGACGUUUCCCGUUGUGUCGUGCAAUGUCAAAAGCGAGUAUGCGGAUCUCAAGUCGACAAUCAAGAAUUAUCACAUCUUUGAGGAGCAUGGGCUUGCCGUUAUCGGAGCGACGACGCCGACGACACCCACGAUUUCCCACGUUGGCGAGCUAACCACCUUUCUCGAUCCGGUGGAUGAGGUCCAAAAGGCCAUCUGGGAGAUUCGCAACACAACCGAUAUCAAGCGCAUCGUGGCCUUGACGCACAUUGGCUACGACGUUGACCAGCAGCUCGCCGCUGGUACCGAGGGCCUGUCUCUCAUCAUUGGUGGCCACAGUCACACGCUGCUUGGAGACAUGGACGGCGCUCAGGGCAAGUACCCCACGAUUGUGAACGAUCUGGCCGGAAAUGAGGUCUUUAUCGUGACGUCGUAUCGCUGGGGCGAGUAUCUAGGCUCCAUCGAUGUGACGUUUGACGAUGACGGCAAAGCGCUUGCGUAUCACGGCGCUCCAAUCCAUAUGGAUAACACGACCAAACUGGAGCCUGACCUCCAGGCCAAGAUCACCGCGUGGAGAGGUCCAUUCGAAGACUUUGCAAACGAAGUCGUCGGCACAACGGAGAAUACUCUCGACCAGACUGCGUGCCAGAGCGGCGACUGUCUCCUCGGCCAGGUCAUGGCUGAUGCCGCAUUCGAGUACCUUUACAACCUUACCACGGACACUCCUGAAGACCAGAGACCGAGCUUUGCCUUGAUCAACGCAGGCGGCGUUCGGGCAACCAUCGACGCCGGUAACAUCACGAGAGGCCAAGUCAUCACGUCGUUCCCCUUUGGCAAUGCCGUGACCAAGUUGACCUACUCGGGCGAGGACCUGCUCAAGAUCCUCGAGGGAUGCGUAUCGCGCGUAAAUCAAUUCAACAACCAGAAACUGUCAUCAUGGUUCCAAAUCUCGCACAACCUCAACGUCAGGUAUAACCCGUCAAAUCCUGCCGGAUUCAUGCUCGUGGAUGCAAGGAUUUCAGGAGAGAGAAUCGACCCGGAGAAGGAGUACGUGAUGGUCACUGUGGAUUUCGUUGCUGGGGGCGGAGACAAUAUCCUGCCUAAGAGGAGUGAUUUCGUCGUCCUUGACACGCUGGAUGAGGUGCUGGUGGAUUACAUCCAAGCGAAGACGCCGUUGAAGAAUGCGUUAGAGAAGAGGGCUGUAAAGUACGUCGAUAUCUUCACUCUCUCAGAAGCCGAGUGCUCACUGGAAGCUCAAUGGAUGGCCUCAUCGACUGCGACAUCGAUCCGACCGAAGAGCACACCCACGGCGCAUGGCCAUCUCACUAGAAUGAGUAGACCUUGA